ACAUUGACAAAUUGUAACCCAUAGGGAAAUCUUACGAGUUUCGACUUUCGGUACUUUUAUUGUACGGUGUACCGCCUGUCGCCACAAUAUUGCCACCUGGUGAACGUGUAGCUUCGGUGAGCCAACCGCAAAGUGAAAUGAAAGGAAUUGCAAAGGUUAACCUACAAUCAUUUCUGUAUUAGUCUCGAGACAAUCAUUUUCGCCAGAUACGUAGCAUUCGGUAGUGUUAGGAUUUAUUUUGUCAGCAUUAUAUAUUUGGUGGAUUUAUAGACAUGGCAGAAUUGCAAAAUUCAUUGUUACAGCAGAUUAAAGAACAGGGUGAUCUUGUUCGAAAAUUAAAAGCAGCCAAAGAAGCGAAUGAGAAGGUUAAUACAGAAAGUAAAAUAUUUCAAGAUCUUGAUGAAAUUGACAGACACCUAUCCCAAUAUAGCUAUGUUAGUGGAUAUAUGCCCAGUAAAUAUGAUAUAGAACUGAUAAAAACUUUAAAUAGUGACAUAAAUUUCUAUAAAUAUAAAUAUUUAAAAAGAUGGUGGUACCAUAUGCGGAGUUUCAGUGACUCUGAGAUAGAAUUAUUUUCUGAAGCCUGUCCAUCAGUAAAUGUUAUUAAAAUGUUGAGGGGUUGUAGAAAAAGCUAUGAUGAACAGAUACAAGACGAAGUUGCGAAAUUAUUGGCACUUAAAGCUCAGUUGAGUCCUGAAGAUGCUGCUCCUCAAAAAUUUACUCUUAAAACUCCAAAAGGCACAAGAGAUUAUAAUUCCCAACAGAUGACAAUAAGGAAUAAUGUUUUGCAGAAAAUCACAACUGUAUUCAAAAAACAUGGUGCAGAAUGUAUUGACACACCAGUUUUUGAAUUAAAGGAAGUUUUAACUGGAAAAUAUGGUGAAGAUUCCAAAUUAAUCUACGACUUAAAAGAUCAAGGUGGUGAAAUCCUUUCACUAAGAUAUGACCUGACUGUGCCUCUUGCCCGUUAUUUGGCCAUGAAUAAAAUUUCAAAUUUGAAAAGGUAUCACAUUGCUAAAGUGUAUAGAAGAGAUAAUCCUGCUAUGACAAGGGGGAGAUACAGAGAAUUUUAUCAAUGUGAUUUCGACAUUGCCGGCCAGUAUGAUCCCAUGAUAGCUGAUGCGGAAUGCCUGAAAGUUGUCACGGAGAUCCUGGACGCCCUUGACAUUGGCAAAUACAUACUGAAGGUGAACCACAGAAGAUUGCUCGAUGGAAUGUUCGAGGCGUGCGGCGUUCCCGCAGACAAGUUCCGGUCUACUUGCUCCACUGUUGAUAAACUAGAUAAGUUACCGUGGGAUGAAGUAAGAACUGAAAUGAUAAACGAAAAAGGUGUAACACCAGAAGCAGCAGAUAGAAUCGGGGAGUAUGUUCGUCUGAAUGGUGGUUCAGAACUAGCCCAAAAACUCCUUGAAGACGAGAAGCUUUCUAAAUCGAAAAGUGCAGUGGAAGGAUUGGAAGGGCUGAAAUUGUUAUUGCAUUAUUGCGAACUGCUAGGAAUUCAGGAUAAAAUUCUGUUUGAUUUGAGUCUCGCUAGAGGAUUAGAUUACUAUACUGGUGUGAUCUAUGAAGCUGUUUUGACACAGCCAAUCAAAAUAGGCAACGAAGAACAAGCGAUAGGUUCCAUCGCGGGCGGCGGAAGAUACGACAAUCUUGUAGGAAUGUUUGAUUCAAAGCAUAAACAGGUACCGUGCGUCGGAGUGAGUAUAGGCGUGGAGCGCGUGUUCUCAGUGCUGGAGGCGAAGCUGGCCGCGGGCGACAUCAGCGUGCGCACCAGCGACAUUGACGUGUACGUCGCGUCCGCGCAGAAGAACUUCCUCGAUGAGCGGCUCAAGAUAUGCGCGGAGUUGUGGAACGCGGGUAUUAAGACUGAACAGUCCUACAAGAAGAACCCGAAGAUGCUCAACCAAUUGCAGCACUGUGAAGAAAAUGGCAUACCCUUUGCAGUUGUGCUUGGCGAAUCAGAAUUAAAGCGGGGUGUUGUGAAAAUCCGUAAUAUCACUACAAGGGAGGAAAAUGAAGUGCCUAGAGAGAGCCUAGUUGAUGAGUUACGGACUCGUAUCGUUAAACUAGGCCUCAAAGAAAUGAAUGGGCCAGUUGCAUAACCAGUGUUAUGGUUAAUCUGCUAGGAUGGAAAGGUGAUGGAAGAAAUAUUAUAUCCUAAAGGUGUGAAAUGGUUCAGGGACAUCGAGCUCAAAAAUUCAUUUUGGUGCGAGUGUGUGGCUCAUACAUUCGAGUUCAAGGAUAAGUGUCAUAAGGUCUGAAUACUUUUAGAGUCCAAGUCCAAACUGUGUGAUGUUAAUGUGUUGUUCAUAUAUUCGAAAUCAAGGUAAAAGUACGAUAGCUAGUUUUCACUGGAGGCAACGUAGUGCAUUUUGUUCUCGUAUUUUCGGCAGGUAUGUUGUUUACCUGGUUAUAACGAAAUGGUCCUUCGAGCCGGACAAACGAUUUUAUGUAUACGUAUUAUUUAACUUUCAGAAUUGAUAGAAGCAUUGAAAAUGAUUUAGGAUUUUGACGAUUAUUUUAAUCACCUUGCAAUACUAGUAGAUGUAGUGUUCCAUCUUUAGAAAAUUGUGUUGUACAAAUUUUUCACUUUAUUUAAUGUUUUUUUUUUGUUUAGAUGAAUCAGUUGUAAAGUGACGUUACUAAUUUAUUUAUAUACACUUAGCUUUACGCAAAUUUAAAAAAUUGUAAUAAUAUUAAUACAAUAAGAAUUUCCAAACAAAGUUUAUAGGGUUUGAGUUUUUAAUAAGCAAUAAUUUUUGCAUUUUUUGAGCGGAUUUGUCAAGAAUUUUUUUGUAUACGAUGUAAAGCAUUUUGUCAGGUAUGUUUUUAAAAUUGUUGGUAAUAAGUUUGUAUACUUCCUUGUGAGGAAUAAUAUAAAUGAUCACCAUUAAUUAAAAAUAUGUUUUUGUGAUCUUAAGUGAACUUGUGUUAAUAUUCAACUUGCAAUGUAUUAAAAUUUUUGUUAAAAGCAAUAUUAGUUUAUGGUCAUAAAUUUUAAUGAGUAAAAUAUCAGAAUGAUAAAGUUACUGUGCUUGAUCUUUUUACCUCGUUCAUAGUUAUGUGUUUAUUUUAAUGAAAUAUACGAAUAAUUAUAAAGUACCAAUAAGAAAAU